CAAUCAUGGCGGGAAUUAUGAAAUAACGAGGGAAAAGAACUCAGCAAAAAAAAUAUGUCAUUUCACCGCCACCCGUCCGCGUUAUAACCUACUUCUUGCAUUACUGCUCGUAUAAAAGAUGUUUCUACCGAGUGAGUGCGUUAGUAAUACGACGGCGGUGUGAACGUCAGCAUUCGACAUUUCGCGUGUCAGCUUACGAGUGCGAUUUUGAGUUCCGUGGUAGCUGCAUCACCAAAGAUGUUCCGUAUCGUGAAAGUUCUCUCGAUACCCAAGAAUGUUAACAAGGCCCUUGAAACGUCCUUAGGGUCUUGGAAUGCACCGAGAUGUUUGGCUACUCAGGCUGCUGUGAAGACCAAAUCUGCGGAAGCACCGCAGGAAAAUGCCGCCAUAAAAGAAUCCCAAUCCUUCACUAUGAAUAUCUUCCGUGGACAGUUGCAAUUGAGCCAAGUAUUUCCCUUUCCUGAACCUAUGACUGAGGAACAAACCGACACAGUCAAAAUGCUGAUCGACCCUAUGGAAAAGUUCUAUGAGGAAAUUAAUGAUCCAGCGAAAAACGAUCAGAAAGCGAGUUUAGACGAAAAAACCGCAGCUGCGCUCUGGGAGUUGGGAGCAUUCGCUUUGCAAGUGCCUCAAGAAUACGGUGGUUUGGGACUGACCAACACUCAGUAUAGCCGAUGCGUCGAAAUAUGCGGCUACCACGACCUCGGCGUGGGCAUCACUCUCGGCGCUCAUCAGAGCAUUGGACUCAAAGGUAUACUUUUGUUCGGCACUCCGGAACAAAAAGCCAAAUACUUGCCCAGAGUUAGCAACGGCGAAUACGCCGCCUUCUGUUUAACUGAGCCGAGUUCUGGCUCCGACGCCGGUUCGAUACGUUGUCGCGCUGUCAAAUCCGCAGAUGGGUCGCAUUACGUUCUAAACGGUAGCAAGAUCUGGAUAUCGAACGGCGGUAUCGCCAAUAUAAUGACUGUGUUCGCGCAAGUGCCCACGAAAGAUCCGGAUACGGGCGUAGUGAAGAACAAAAUGACCGCCUUCAUCGUUGAAAGAGGAUUCGGCGGUGUCACCAGUGGACCGCCGGAGAGCAAGAUGGGCAUCAAGUGUAGUAACACGGCGGAGGUAUUCUUUGAGGACGUCAAGAUACCGGCGGAAAAUGUCAUUGGCAAAGAGGGUCAAGGCUUUAAGGUUGCAAUGAAUAUUUUGAACAACGGCAGAUUCGGUAUGGCUGCGGCACUCUCUGGCACUAUGCGUUAUUGCAUCAACAAAGCCGUGAAUCAUGCGACGCAACGCGUGCAAUUCGGUCAUACACUGGAUAAGUAUGGCACUAUACAGGAAAAAAUUGCGCGCAUGUCAAUACUACAUUACAUUACUGAGUCUCUCGCAUAUAUGAUUUCCGGCAAUAUGGAUAAAGGAAGUCAAGACUACCACUUGGAAGCAGCUAUUUCAAAGUGUUUUGCAUCAGAGUCUGCAUGGUGGGUGUGCGAUGAGGCUAUACAGACCUUAGGCGGAAUGGGUUACAUGCGUGACACUAAUCUGGAACGCGUAUUGCGCGAUUUGCGCAUAUUUCGAAUUUUCGAGGGAACAAACGACAUUCUGCGUUUGUUUAUAGCUCUUACGGGAAUUCAAUACGCUGGUAGCCACUUGAAAGAGCUGCAGAAAGCUUUCAAGAAUCCCAGCGCAAAUAUGGGUCUGCUCUUUGGAGAAGCUACUAAACGAGCGACCAGAGCAAUAGGUUUAAGCUUACCGCCUACUUUUACGCAUUUGGUGCAUCCGAAAUUGGCGGAGAGUGCAGCGCUUUGCUCCAAGAGCGUGGAGAGUUUUGGCCAAACUAUAGAAGCUUCCCUUAUCAAGUACGGACGAGGCAUUGUCGACGAGCAGUUUAUCCUCCACAGGAUCACGCAGGCCGCAUUCGACACGUAUACGAUGGCAGCUAUAUUGAGCAGGGCGACUAGAUCAUUGAACAAGAAUUUGCCCAAUGCGGAGCACGAGCUCCUGAUGACUCAGACUUGGUGCACGGAGGCGUCUAUGCGCGUUGCCUACAAUCUGCAGCAAGUCACUUCUGAAAGGCAUCUAGAUAUCUUCAGCAAACUAAACAAAAUUUCAAGGAAUGUGUUCGAUGUCGGUGGAUGCGUUCAAUUGAAUCCCCUAGGUUUCUAAUGAUACCGUAAAUUUAUUUUAUAAUGAUUCAUUUGGUUACAUGUUUUACAUAGAUAUAACAGGAAUGGAAGUUAUCUUUUACAUAAAUUAAGUAACGAUCUCUUUAAUUUGAUUUUUUAUUUGAUUUUAUAUCGGCGAUUAUUAUUCACCUUUUAAUUAAAAUGAUUUGAGUCGAAAAUUAUCUUUUAAUUAAAAUGACUUGAAAGUUUAACUAUAAGAAUGAUAGAAUCUAAUGAGAAAAGGCUGAACUUACUAUAUUUGUUACGCGAACAAUAAAAUUUCUCGUUUUAUUAAAAUUUUUACUUGUAACAGAAGGAAAUAAAAAAAAAUAUAUAUAUAUAUAUAUAUAUCCAAUUUUUUUCUAAGAUUAACUUUUGUAAUUGUGAAUGUAAAUAUUGUAAUUGUGAAUGUAAAUAUCUUCCAGCUGCUUUGAAAAAUUGAAAUAAUUAACAAAUAAUUAACAAAUAUAAUAAUUAAUAAAUAAAAUAAUGCAAAUAGAACUCGUAAGGUGUAAAGCAUAAGGUGUUAGAUGUGUAUAUAAAAUCAUGUAUUUUUAAUAUUCUCUUCGUACCCUUUACACGAAACAAUGAUUUCAAAUAAACAGUCACAAAUAAUGCCAUCUAUUUGACGUUA